CCAAUGGACAGCGGUACCCGCUAGCUUCCAGAGGACAUCCGCUCCGGCCCGGGAUAGAAAUGGGACGUUUCCGAAUUUUAUCCCAAACGAAUCGAUUUAAAGCGCUGACUCAGCAUCAAGCGUUGAAUAAUCGGUAGUUUUAGCGCUUUAAGUUCCUGUAUGGUUUAUUUCGGUACCGGUUGUGAAGUUAAAUCGGUGGAGUGGAAGUUGCCUGACUUGUUAGUGCCGGGGAAGGAAGUUUGUUGUGGCGAAGGAAGCGGGAGGGCCAGAAAACAUCCCGUCAUGAUGGAGGACUUCGGCUCGGCUCUGGAGAAGAACGUCGCAGACCUCACCGUGAUGGACGUCUACGACAUCGCCGCGGUGGUGGGGCAGGAGUUCGAGCGGAUCAUAGACCAGUAUGGCUGCGAGGCUCUGUCCAGGCUGAUGCCCAAAGUGGUGCGGGUGCUGGAGAUCCUGGAGGUGAUGGUGAGCCGCAGCAGCAUGAGCCCGGACAUCGACGAGCUGCGGCUGGAGCUGGACAGGCUGCGGCUGGAGCGGAUAGACCGGCUGGAGAAGGAGAAGAAGCACAGACAGGAGUUGGAGCGGGUGGAGGAUGUGUGGCGGGGAGAGGCCCAGGAUCUUCUGUCCCAGAUCGCUCAGCUGCAGGAGGAGAACAAGAACCUCCUCUCCAACAGGCCCCUGAAAGACUCGGUGAACGAGGAGGACCUGCAGAGACACGAGGGUAUGACGGAGAGAGAGAAGCAGGUGAUGAUGAAGUUGAAGGAAGUGGUGGACAAGCAGAGGGACGAGAUCCGAGCCAAGGAUCGGGAGCUGACGCUGAAAAACGAGGACAUAGAAGCACUCCAGCAGCAGCAGUCCCGCCUCAUGAAAAUCAACCAUGACCUGCGCCAUAAGAUCUCGGUGGUGGAGGCUCAGGGGAAGGCUCUGAUCGGGCAGAAGGUGGAGCUGGAGGCCGGCGCCCAGACGCAGGCGCAGGAGGUGGGAGCCCUGCGGCAGGAGGUGUCCCGCCUGCGGGAGCGGCUUCAAGGAGAGCGGACCGUGCAGAACCCAGAGGAACUCCUGGUGCCUCACCCCCCGUCACCAGCAGAGGAGGCGAUGUGUGAUGAGGACAUGCCUGGUGUGUUCCAAUAUUUCACCAAGGAGGCGAUGUGUGAGGAGGAGCCGGGCGUUCUGGACCCGAAGGAUCCCAACAGGCCCCGCUUCACACUGCAGGAGCUAAGGGACGUCCUGCAUGAGAGGAAUGAGCUGAAGGCCAAAGUGUUCCUGCUACAGGAGGAGCUGGCGUACUACAAGAGUGAUGAAAUAGAGGAUGAUGCUACAACUCCGUCUCCAUCCCCGUCUCCUGAACUGGGGUCCCGCUCCAGAUCAGCAGCACAGCCUGAAUCAGGAAUCAAACGCCUGUUUAGUUUCUUUUCACGUGACAAGCAGCGCGGCUCGCAGCGGGACGCCGGCGGCUUCGGCUCGUGGAUGCAGAGAGACGACGUGUACACGGAACAAGCCCAGGAGGCCCUGCAGCACCUCUAGAGACGCUCCGCCCCAAAUCGCUCCCCCUGCACAUUAAACUGACUCAUCCUGCAAGCGGAAAAAAAGCAAACUUUGCUUCAAAGUGAGACGGACUGAAAGAAAGAAUGAAAAAAGAUUAUUUAAAGAGGCGUAGAGACGGAGCGGCUCUAAAAUGCUUCGGUUGCACAGGAGCUGGUUAGCCCACAUAGACGGAGAGAGAAAGGGAUUUCUUUAGACUGAAGAAGAAGGUUUUCCAGAUGACUGUUGGCUUUAUUUUUUUAUUCUAUGUAGUAGAAGGUUGAAGCAUGAAUGAAAACCCGACUCUUUAUGUAGUUUACAGUUAGGGCAGUUUUUCUUUUUUUAAAUCCUUUAUUUAACUUUUUGCUGUCAAGUUGGCCCCAAACAUGGGAUCACUGCUCAGCAGCUCCACCAAUCAGAUCGAAGCCUGAGGAGGAAACGUGCCGUUGAAUCCUGAUUGAAACCAGCAGCAGAUAAAUGAGCUAAAGCACCUUAGCACAGCAGGAUAAACUGAAGCCCAUUUCUGCAAAGAGAAGCACAUGGGGACUAAGGUGAGCCGGCCUCAAAGCCACAAACUAAAAUACUAAAACAGCACAUUUUGGGUUUAUUUACACCCUGUCGACCUUCCCAUUCAGAUUAUGGGAUUAGAUUUAACACACGGAAUAUGUUUUACUUUAUAUUUAAAAAAAAAGAAAAUGAAAAACUACCCACUGGACUUUGUUUCCAAGUUUAAAGACAUUUCGCUUCCCAUCCACACUGCAAAAAUGAUCUAGAAAU